AUGGGUUUUUAUGACCAUUUUGGAUAUAUUGCACCAUAUGGUGGUGGAAAAGUAUCAACAAAUUUAAAAAAUAAUGAUGUAAAUCAAUUUGAUGAUGUACCUUUACAAAAUGGUGGUGAUACAUCAUGGCAAGGAGAAGUUAAUGCUACUGAUCAAGCAUAUAAACGACAAAAUAAACCACGAUCAACAAAACCACAAGAUUUUCAAAUUCGAAUAAAAAUCUUUCAAGCACGUCAAUUAGAUGGAAGUAAUUUACAUUCUGUUUGUCGUGUACGUGUUGUUGGUUCUAUAAAACAAACAAAAAUUCAAAAAGGAACAAAUCAAUCAUAUUUUAAUGAAGUUUUCUUUUUUAAUAUAAAUAUGUCGGAAGCUGAAUUAUGUGAUGAAAUGAUUGAAUUUGAAGUUUGUAAUUCUCGAACACUUCGAGCUGAUAUGAAAAUUGGAUUAUUUAUAAUGGAUAUUGGUUAUAUUUAUUCUCAAGCAAAACAUUCAAUUAAUCGAAAAUGGUUAUUAUUAAGUGAUGAAGAUGAUCGAAUAGCUGGUGCUAAAGGUUAUCUUAAAGUAUCAGUUAAUAUAUUAGGACCAGCUGAUGAAGCACCAUCACAAGAAAAUGCUGGUGAUGAUAAUGAUAUUGAAAGUAAUUUAUAA